AUGCUGCUGGCCCUCCAAAAUUACAAUCUUAACGUGCAGUACAAGAAAGGCAAACUCAUGUGGAUAUCGGACACCCUGAGUCGUGCAUAUCGGAACACAACAGAAUCUUGGCGUCAUGACACGACUGAGGUACGAGCCCUGGAAGAGAUCGACCAUGCAGAGAAUCUGUCUAUUUCUCCAGACAGACUCGACCAGUUCAAGCGCGAGACACCGUCAGAUAAAACCAUGCAGAGUAUCAUCGUCGCGGUAAAGAAUGGCUGGCCUACAUCCAAGAGACAGUGCAGCCAGGACUUGGCACCGUUCUACGACAAAAGAAGUGAACUAGUAGUUGAUAAUGGACUAGUUUUCGCUGGAGAACGUUUAGUAGUCCCAAAAUCAAUGAGAAAAGAAAUGCUGACGCAGAUUCACCGAUCUCAUAUUGGCAUAGAAGGAUGUCUUCGGAGAGCCCGUGAGGUAUUAUAUUGGCCACUCAUGAACGCAGAGGUUAAAGAUUUGAUUUCUAAAUGCCCAACAUGCCAGGCGUAUCAAUCGGCACAAUGUCGUGAAGAAUUAAAACCAUACCCAAUACCAUUCCGUCCCUGGGAAACGGUCAGUAUGGACCUUUUUGAGCUUGGAAAACAACACUUUGUUCUGCUCGUAGACCACUGGAGUGGAUUCUUCGAGGUCCAAGAACUUACGAGAACUACCGCUGAUAAAGUCAUAGUAGCCUGCAAAGUCCAGUUUGCACGACAUGGAAUCCCAGAUACAGUGAUAACAGACAACGGACCUCAGUUUUCUGUCACAGAAUUUUCAGCAUUUGCAAGAGAUUGGCAGUUUAAGCAUCUAACUUCAAGCCCUCGUUACCCACAAUCUAAUGGCAGAGCAGAGAAUGCGGUCAAGACUUGCAAAAUGCUGAUGACAAAAGCCAAAGCUGCUGGUCAAGACCCAUUGUUAGCAUUUUUAGACUGGAGAAACACCCCCACAGAAGGUCUGGGAUCAUCACCUGCCCAAAGGUUGAUGGGGCGACGUACGCGAACACUGUUACCGACUCACAAAAAUCUCCUUAAACAACCAAUCAACGAAGGCACUAGAGAUAAACUGGCUGCUCGGAAAUCACGACAAAUUCGCCAUUAUAACAAGACGCACCAUCCUCUUAAGCCAUUAAAAAAAGGUCAAGCUAUACGAAUGAAAUUACCAAAUGCAACAAAAUGGACCCUUGGAACGUGUACCAGGGUCUUGGAUAACAGAUCGUACGAAGUAGAGGUGAGUGGAAGGAAAUACCGACGAAACCGCCGACAACUCCGAGCAUCGCAAGAAAGACCUCCAACACCACCAGCUGGUAUGGAUCCUGAGAUUGGACCUGAGCAAAGCAGUAGGGAACCCGAGAACAGUUCGAUUGUGAAUGAACCCAAUCUCGAACACGUACCACUAUUAGACGGUGAAACCUCCGCUGAGACCAUUGGAAAUCUACCACGCCGAUUUGCGCGUACAAAAUAUACACCGGUGUGGCACAAGGACUAUGUCAUGAAGUGA